AUGGAGGUUCGCAUCAAGGAUGCCGAGGCGGGUAGCACUCUGACGCAGCGGAAAACUACUGAUGGGAGCUAUGUGUUGAAAGACGCGGUGGUUCUGGAAUACAAAACACCGUCUGGCGAAAUGAUUAAACUAAAAGCACCAAUUGAAGGUGUUGUCACAUUUGAUCGUGCAGCAAAGAAAGGGGCCGAGAUGGUGCAGGAUAUGUUGAUCGCUCGAAUAGAACCUUGUCAACACGCUAUUGUCAUCAAAGAUAUGUGUGCAACGUGUGGACGUGAUCUUCGAGAAAAAGAUGGUCGCGCAGGACAACGGCGAGAGGAUUCAACAGCGAAUGUGUCAAUGAUUCACCAUGUACCUGAGCUAAUUGUUUCUGAUGACCUAGCGAAGGAGCUUGGUUCCGCAGACCUGAAGAAUGUAUUGUCGUCACGCAAAUUAGUGUUGUUAGUAGAUCUCGAUCAGACGAUUAUUCACACUACAAAUCGACCAUUCAAAAUUGAUCCGAAUAAGCAUAGCGAUAUUCACACUUACAAAAUGUUUGGAACGGAAUACCACACAAAACUGCGACCGUACACGCACGAAUUCCUUGAGCACAUGAGCACCCUAUUUGAGAUGCAUAUAAUAACGUACGGACAGCGACAGUAUGCACACAAAAUUGCUGAGAUUCUCGACCCAAAGAAGACUUUGUUUGCACAAAGAAUUUUGUCAAGAGAUGAGUUGUUCUCUGCACAACACAAAACCAGGAAUUUGAGGGCGCUUUUCCCUUGCGGUGAUCAGCUCAUAGUCAUUAUUGACGAUCGUGCUGACGUUUGGCAAUUUUCCGAAGCCCUUAUUCAGGUGAAGCCGUACAGAUUUUUCAAAGAGGUGGGCGAUAUCAAUGCGCCCUGUGGUGCAUCCAAAGAAGGCUUACUCCCCGUCGAUGUUGAGGAUGAUGCAGAGCACGACCGCACUUUGGAAUACAUUGAAAGAAUGUUGACGGACAUACACUCUAAUUUUUACAAACAUUACGAGAAGACAAAAGAAAUUAGAGACGUUAAGGUGGUGAUAAGCUACUUGAAGAAGCAAAUCCUACGUGGUUUGGUCGUGGUGUUAUCUGGAGUAGUUCCUCUUGGUGUUAAACCUGAACAUUCGGAAGCAUACAGACUAUGCGUGCAGUUCGGGGCCACGGUAGCAGAUCAGGUGAAUGAGCAAACAACUCAUUUGGUAGCUGUUAGAUGGGGCACAACGAAAGUCAUGGCAGCAUGUAAACUGGGAAUUCCAAUAGUAACACCUCAUUGGCUAUAUGCUAGCGUUGAAAAACUGAUGAAGGCCGACGAGAAAGAGUUUGAACUUACUAAAGAUUCGAAACCACCUGAGGGGCGCCCACUGGGCGGAAGAAUUAUCCCGGAGCUCACCAGUAUCGACGCUAUGAAGAAGGAAACAAUCGCUGCCAUGGAACAUGAGGUGGACGAGGUUUUAUCAGAAGAUGACGAUGAUGAAGAAGAAGAAGAAGAAGCUUUAAAACGAAGGCUCAAUGGUGGAGACGGAAGUGGAGAUGAAGACGACGAAAUAGAGAAGGAGUUGGCCAAAAAACGGGCCCGAUGGGAGCGAGAAGGCAACUUCGACGUGCCUGAGGAUGAACAAGAGGAUGAUAAUGCUGCAACUGGUGCAGAUGAUAGUUUCUGUGAAGGAGUCUACGAUGAUACAGUAAAUGGUUCGUCGAGAGACCAGCAAGUGCUACUCGACGAGGAGGAAACUCGUGACAUUCCCUAUGACGACGAAGAUGAUGAGGAGAUCGAGGAUAUGGCUGCACUAAUUGAGAGGCAGGUGUCGCAUGAGGGAUGA